CUCGAAGAUUCCGUGGUCGUCCUCUGCGCAAUUACGUUGUGCUAUCCUGUGACGAAUAUCCGGAGUGGCUACGUGAUCAUUCCUCGUCUAAAGCACAAGGUCAAGGAGCAUCAAGUGCAAGUAAAAGUACAUCCUCCACUUCUCCUGGAACAACUGGCACUCUCGCUUCUGCAUCUAGUUCCCAUGCAACUACUCUUGCAACUAGCAAGCGGAACGGCAACGACGCAAACAAGACCAGUUCGUUAACCGCGAUUUCGACAAAUCAUCAUGGUCAGUAUAUCUCGUCAUCUUCUUCUUCUGGCUCAACGUCCUCUCUUCCGCCAUGCCUGCUACUUGAAGAAGCAGCGCUGGCGCUGUCGGGCUGGCGACCUGUGGUGCUGAAGUACAAGCCUUUGAUGUUGGGAAACAAGUCAAGAACAAAUUAUGCCUUUUUGGGAACGGUGUUUGUGAACGUUCGAGAGUCGUGGGCUCACAAUCUUUGUCGCAUCCUCGGGCGAAGUAACCUGAUGCAUCGCGACCAAAUUGCAGGCGAUCUGGUAUCCUGUGGUGCUGAAGGAGAUUUAGACACACUUCUAUCGACAUCAAGAACAUCAACAUCUUCAAGUACCUCCUCCGAUGCGAUGAAUAUGAUGUUGAUGUUGUCGACUUCGUUCUUGGGUGUGCAGGUAUUCCGCGAGGAGGAAACGCCUGCCAGUGCAGCAUCCGUGGCGGGUGCCUUAUACGGCCGGGGACUAGGCAACUCGCGGGCUACCAGAUUCCGACUGCUGUACAGUACACAAGCCAUUGUCCCUGGUCUGCACCCGGUGGAACAACCAGCUAAUACAUCAGGAUCAGGAUCCGCCACUAACUUAGUAAACUUAGCCACUUCAACUUCUUCCACGAACGAAGAUGAUGAUGGUGCUCUAUCUCCCCUUCCAGUAUUGGUUUUUUGUUUCACCAACUUUGGGCCGGCUUUAGCAUCGUGUGUUGAUGGUAGUGCAACUUCUACUGCAGGAGCUCGAAACAAGAAUAAGAGCUGCAAGGAAAAUCUAGUACAGUCUUCAACAACAGCAGCAGCCUCGUCGUCCUCGCCCACUAGUUGUACAACGGUAGAAGCAAAGUCGGUGGCAAAUAACCGUGGGGGGGCGAAUAAGCAGAAGCGUCGAAAGGAAGCGGCAAGAAGAGCUAGUACAACAAAUGCGGUUCUUGUUGCUGGAACCGAACAAAUGAUAAAGAAUCAUGGUGAAGCAGAUGAAGUGGUCCUCAAAGUUGCAGCUUCAUCAUCUGGAGUUUCUUUGAACGCAGAUGAACACGCAGAAGGAGAUGAAGCUCGUUUCGAGCGCAUUUCUGCGUCGGCUGAAGAUCCAGCAUUGGUUUCAACAACUACAUCUACCCUUCAUCAAGGAGCAAAGGUAGAGGUCGUUGAUCUACAACUACAAGGUGAUGAACAGAAAUGCGGCGAAAAACAAGACACCAGCAGCAGGCGGGUCCUCGUUGUAGAAGCAGUUGUAGACAAAGAACCUCCUAAUGUUGACGAGCGGGAGGAGCAGGACGAUAUCAUGAUGAUUUCUAAGAAGUCAAUGACGCCAUCGGAAGAGGUCGUUACACCAGAUGUACAACGUACUUCGAGAUCGACGGAUGACGAGGUUGCGACAGAUCAUGAAGACGCUGAUUCUUCACCAACAACUCAAGCAGAGACGACUGCUGAGAAGGCUGGCAGUGGUGGUUUAGCAGAUAGCACCAAACAAGACGCAAAAGAACAGAUCGUCGUAGGUCCCGACCGGACUUUGAUGGAGGUUUCCGGGAAGAGGACAUCGAAGACACCUGGAGGUAUUGAUACAAUUGCCAGCAGCAGCUCUCUAGUCAUCGACACAGAAGGUGCUGGGGAGGAUGAAGAAGGAAAUCUUCAAAGUUCACCUGCUGAAGACUUUUGGGCUUUUCCUCUCCCUGCACAGGAGUAUGCCUUCUUGGUGCGAAACAAGAGUAGUCGCUUGAAGAAGCUGCUUCAAAAGUGGAGUCUUAGCAAAGUCGACGAAGCGUCCUCCAGUACUGCAAAAAUCAACAACAACGCAACACAGGCUGGGAAAAGUCCGCGUCGAGAUAUUCUCUCCCUCGCAUCUGCCUCUACUGCUAUCAAGUACCAUGUGUAUGACGUGAUGUUGUGCAGUGCAUGUGGUGCAGCUGAUGAAGGGGAUCAUGAAAAAUCUUCUGGUGGGACGUUGAGCAUAGACUUCAGUAGGCACCAAGGCAGCCCCUGUAGUACAUCUACAAAUAGACAACCACGAAGUCCUACCUCGUCCAGUGGCGUCGAAAACGGUGCGACCACCCUUCGUUUGCGCGGUCAGGUAGAGGAUCUGCACAGAUUUGCAGAGGCGUUGAAGGAGGUUCUAAAUCUCGAAAAAAUAGUUUUACGGGAGGAUGCUUUUGCUUUCGUUUAUCGUACGCGCGCACGCAAGGACGGACCCCUGCAGAAGAUUCUGGCAAUACCUGGAAUUCACGACUGCCAAUUAGACCCGGAAGCGCUUUCUUUGAACUUGAGAGGCGGUGGCGCGGCAUGUGCCUCUGUACGAGAGAGGAUCAGGCCAUAUCUUCGGCUUCGCCCCGGUGCCGGUCAGUCUCCCGCCGGUAAUGUUAACAUCGGAGCACAGUCAGCACCGGAAGGGGAUUCAGAAGCUGCAGACAAAAGUCAGUUGUUAAUUCCUUUGGAUGACCCUGACGCAGUUGAGCGGGAACACACGGCGUGGCUCGAGGAGAAAAGGGCCAGACAAGAGAAAGAGGCUGCUGAAGCAAAACGAAAAGCGAUGUCAAGGAAAGCACCAUGCAAUGUUGUUGCAUCGGAUAGGGGCUCGAGCAGUGAAAGUUCUAGUUCUACUGUACUACUAAAAAGCAACAAGGGCGACAGGAAUUUGAAUGCAACUUCAGGAGCUAACACAGCACUGACGCAUUCGGCAAGUUCAGCGACAUUGAAUCCCGCGUCAGAGCCUUUUUAUCCAGCAGCGAUGCGAGCAGCUCAGGGUGCUGGUGCCGGUGUUUGGUACAAUGACUAUCAGCAUGGGACAACAUCUGCUACCUCUGCAUGGAUGAACCACUGGACUAUGCCGACCGCCAGUUCUUCCUCCUCUGGUGCAGCAUUAGGUGGUCAGCAUCAGCAGGGUUUUGCUGGAACGACUGGACUAUCAACUUCUACGACCUAUUACAACAAUCCCUGCGGCACUUCAUCAUCAUCUCUCAUUCAAGUGGAAGGUGGUGCUUCUUUUUCUGCAGUUGGAAGUGAGAGAAGAUGGACUCCGAGUGGUAUGUUGACAGCCCAUGAUGGAGGAGGAGGUGGAGCAGAUCUCUGUAUCUACCAGAAUCAGGAACUUCAUCAACGAGGUCGUGGUGCAACCGCACCUAGUAGAGGAGGACAGCAUGAUCAGCAAAAUAUAAAUAGAUCGCAGUUAUUGCACCUUCGUGCACUCACAUGCAACAGCCCUAGUGAUGCUUACCUCCUGGCCGCGAUCCGGAGUCUAUCGUGUCUCACACCAUUGCUGCGUCGUACAGCUUUGCUGCGUAGCCAAUUUUUAGAGGGCGACGCAUCAAGCACAAGCACUCAGAACAUAUUUACUACAUCUUCAAGCACAGGAGACAAUCGAAACAACAUGGUCAACACAUCUUCGAGUCUGGCAAGAACGGGAAGCACGUCUGCCUCUUCAUCUAGCGCACCUUCUACGCAUCUUGGCUCAGAUGCUGUUGACGAUCCGGUUGUGCUGAUACUGGACUACUUCCUGCAUCCAGGAGUGGAGUCUCUCAAUGUUAGCAAGAUAGACAUCCUCCAAGAACUAGCAAAGGAGGUGAUAAAAGGCACAACAACUACUAAUGCGACUACGACAUCCACAUCCACAUCCACCACAACAUCUACUCUUUCAUCCUCAUGGAGCGUGUGCGAGCAGAGAGAAGUCAUAGUUGUCGGGGAUGAUGAAUCUGUCGACGUCGAGGACGAAAGAAGUACUACUGCUGUAAGACUGCUCGACGGGGGCGAGUCUGGUGUCGUCCUGCUCCCAAAAUCGAAGUCUGCUCCGCCAAGAACGACGACCACUUCAUCUGCUAUAGAAGACGGUAGCAAGAAAACGACUCCAUGUUGUCCGCUAAAACGUGUGGUCGAAUUUUUCGCAGUUCUAAUGCGCAACUCAGCUCUUCUGCAGUCAGGAACGGUUCUGCUCGACGGUAAAGAAGCGGACGAGUUUCUGCGCACAGGCGACGUACCAGCUACGCAUGACGAGAUGAACAAAGAACAAAUCGGCGUUCUGGCAAUUUCGUCAACAUCAGAUAAUAUGAUAGACCACGACACGGACAACAAGAAAGAGGCCGAUCAGCUGAUCUAUGUUGACAAGGCAGCUUCGCGUCUUGUAGGUGCUAUUGUUUACUACAGCGAGAGAACGCAAGAAGAUGACGAGAGCGCUCCUCUGGCUUCGUUCGCACUGCUGGGAGGAAAGUGGCACCGUUUUCAGCAGACUUCAGAGAAGGACGUCGUAACGGAAGACAUGCAGGUAGUGGUGGAAGGGGAAGUGACUGAGGCGAUAAGAAUGUCAAAAUUGACUAAUCGUACUUCAUCAGGAAGUCCUGCAGGAGCAGAGAGUUCUUCAUUCGGGGGUUCCGCUGCAACACCUUGUGCCAUUCUUUUCUAUGUACCAAAAUCAUUUAAUGCUGGAACUUCUCCGGCUGGUAAGCGCAACAUCGGAGGAGCAUAAAGUAGAAGAUAUCGAUAUUUUUAUAAUGCUAGUUGUCUCUCGACUCCUGUUUGAUGACGAGGAUUUAGGUCAUAAUUUUUUAGGUGGUUACUCAGUCUACUCUGUCUCCGUUUACAUUUUGCUUUCAUUGAUUAUGGAUUUGGAUCAUUCAUCAAAAACAGGUAUUCUUACCAACAAAGAAAUAGUACUAAUAACAAUAAGUAGUAGAAGAUAAGUUGCUCGUGUGGCUCAGGUGCGGGCAGCUUCGGCUGUCUUCGUGUAGUCCUUCAUCUCCUUUUCUCCAUCAACAAGAACAUCAAUAUCUUCACUGACCUUGAACUUCAUGUUGAUGUGCAGGUAAUAAAUUAGUUCUUUUCAAUGUAUCAAUAUCAUCAGAAUGUUCUUAACAUAUAAAGUACAUGUUGUUAUUUGUUCAUGAUUUUUUUUGAAUAUCUUGGCGUGUUUGAUGUGUACCACGCAAGCGUAGACAUUGUAUGACCGAGGCGGUUGAUGUUUAUCUGUUGCUGUUCUUACUUUUGGGUUAUUAAUAGGUUGUUCUUUCAAGAUCAAGAGGUACUAAUGGUCACAAGCAUUUUCCUUCUAAAUUUUCCUGUGUAGUUGAUUUUUCUCCUUCAGGAGUGCGCUACACGAAUCCUAAUAUAAUAACUUGACGAUAAGUUACAACUUAGGAGCUAGUUUUCUAGAACUUCCACGUAAUACAGUUCCUUAGGUGAUCGAGUACUAAGGAUCGCAAUAGCACGGAGCGUUCAACACAUGACAAGCAUCUCGUUGAAGCUUUCUCCCCUGAAAGCAGCACGUCCUCGAAGACGAGACUACAAGAAGCAUCUUGUUGAAGCUUUCUUCCAUUAAAGAGAAAACAAGAAGUAACUCGUUGAAACAAGAAGCAUCUUGUUGAUGCUUUCUUCCAUGAAAGCAGCGCG